AUGUCAUUCAGAGACACCAGCGCCGAUCUAAAUGAAUUCUUAGAUGGUAUCAACUUGGGGCAGUACUUUUCUAACUUUCAAGCGUUUGGUUAUAAUAGUUUGCAAGACUGCAUGUGGGUAAACAACGCAAUGCUGCAGCAGAUGGGCAUAUGUCCUACUGGGCACCGCAGAAGAAUCCUCAAACAUCUGGAAGUCCUGUUUUCCAAGAGGCAAGGCAAGUCUGCAGAUAUCGAAAGUCACAGUUCUGACCCCCCUGUUCUAAAUCUGAACGAGAGUGGAAUAAAGGGCACGAUAUCUAGUGAACAGACAGACACAGUCUGUGGCAAUAGUUGCGCCUGUGAAGAAAAUCAGGAGCUUCCAGACAAUGAGUCACAGGAACUCACAGGCAGCACAUCUUCAGAUCUGGACUCUUUCUAUUCGUCCUGUCCGAACUCACACUGCUCAACAGAUGUUUCUGCUGCUGCGGAAAAUACAUUGGAACAAGUGACGCCUGAAACGGUGUCUUAUAUAGAUGAUUCUCUAGAAAAAGGACAAUCCAGCCAAGUAGAAGAUGCUGCCAACGACGAUUCCACUUCAGAUGCUUUCUGUUCCUCUGAAAUGAAGUCUGGCGAGGAGGAGCACCUGCUCUGUUCCGGACUGGGGAGCUUGCCACGUGAUCCGCCGGACUCACCGUUCACUGAGUUUAAAGGCGAAAUGGUGGAGAAUGAUCUGUAUGGCCCUUGUGCGCAAAGUCUUCUGACAGCGGCUCCUAGAAUAACGCGAUCUUUCAUACUCAGACAUCGGCCUGUUCCAGAAAUACCAGGCUCUUCCAAAGCUGCUGCUUCACCAAGCUCCCUGCAAGAAAGAAGAAACCUCAACACCUUAAGUAUUCCUUCUUUGGAGAGUCUUCUUUCCCAAAACAGUGAUUCUGCUGAGGAAAAACCACCCCCCAUAUCUCCUUAUGGCGAAACCUUUCUUUUUGACUCCACAGAAGACUCUGAAAUCUGGGACAACGAACUCUCAACUUUCCAAGAAAAGGACCGAGAUGAGAGAGGUGCUGAAAGGGAUCCCCCUCCCAACAAAACAUGCACUCCUCUAAUAUGGAAAAUCAACGAAGAAAUAGUAGACAGCAAAUUGGUACCUGUUGAGGAUAAAUAUGCAUUGCCGAACAAAUUUGCUGGUGAGCCCGAAUAUUCUACAGUCAAAGAUUGUGCUCGGUAUGCACGAAGGGGAAAAUAUAAACCAUCCAAAACCAACAAAGAGUUAAAAACUGGGACUCUGGACUUCACGGCAGUUCUGCACAUUUCCUCUACCCAAUCUGGUGGUGUUAUCGAUGGGUUUGCUGAUGUCCCAGUGCCUAGUCCCAGAGACUCAAUAACUCCCUAUGCCUGUUUUUAUGGAUCAUCAAUGAAGAAGGUUAAAGAAGGAUGGCUGGACAAGCUGUCACCACAGGGAAAACACAUGUUUCAGAAGCGAUGGGUGAAGUUUGACGGCGACAGCAUUUCUUAUUACAACAACGAGAAGGAAGUGUAUUCUAAAGGAAUAAUCCUCCUGUCUGCUGUGUCUUCAGUCAGAGUCCAUGGGGAUAUCAAGUUUGAACUUGUUACGGCGCAUAGGAUAUUUGUAUUCAGGGCCGAAAAAGAAGAUGAAAGAAACGACUGGAUUAAUACAAUACUUGGUACUCUGCAGUUGCCACCUGAAGCUUCUCGCACACGGAGCAUUGCUACUCCUCCUGAGAAGAGUGGGUAUCUGGAACUGAAGGGAUACAAGGCCAAAAUCUUUACCUUGCUGCAAGGAAGCCACGUGUGGAUUUGCAAAAGUGAACAGGAUUUUAGAACUGGUUAUGGGAUCACUGUAAUUCCCAUGAACGUGGCUAACGUGAGACAGGUAGACCGUACUUCAAAGCAAUCUUUUGAAAUAAUCACACCUUAUAGAAGCUUCAGCUUUACGACUGAGUCUGAAAAAGAAAAACAGGAGUGGAUUGAAGCGCUGCAACAGUCCAUCGCAGAAACUCUCUCUGACUAUGAAGUAGCUGAGAAAAUCUGGUUCAACGAAUCAAACAGGACCUGUGCCGAUUGUAGAGCUCCUGAUCCUGACUGGGCAUCCAUCAAUCUCUGUGUCGUCAUUUGUAAGAAGUGUGCAGGCCAGCACAGAUCGUUGGGGCCCAGAGAUUCGAAGGUCCGAAGCCUCAAAAUGGAUGCCAGUAUUUGGAGCAACGAGCUCAUUGAGCUUUUUAUUGUGAUAGGGAACAAGAGGGCAAACAGCUUUUGGGAAGGAAAUCUUCAGUCCAACGAGGAACUGCCUAUGGAUGCCCCAACGGACAGGAGGCUAACCUUUAUUACACAAAAGUACAAAGAGGGAAGGUUCAGGAAAACCACUCUGCUUUACAAAACUAAAGAAGAGCUAAAUAAGGCCCUGUGCGCUGCUGUGGUUAAGCAGGACAUAUUGGAAACUAUGACGCUGCUGUUCAGCGGAGCAGAUGUGAUGUGUGCGACCGGUGAUCCCGUCUACAGUACCCCCUACUUGUUAGCCAAGAGAGCGGGACAAAGGCUGCAGAUGGAGUUUCUCCACCACAAUAAGUUUUCAGAUUUCCCUAACAGUGUUUCCUCUCAAGAUUCGUCAUCUACCUUUCUUUGUGAAUAUUUAUACAAACUUUCAUUCAACGCUCCAAAGCUCUUGACAGAGAGAAAACUAAAAGAAGAGUGUAAUAAAAGGUGGUGCGCUCUGGAAAGUGGCUUUUUGAGCUAUUACGAAAACGAGAAGACUACUUCCCCAAACGGGAUGAUUGACAUCAGUGAAGUCAUCUGUCUUGUAAUUCAUAAGGUUGACUCCUUUUUACAUGCAGGAGCUAUAUUUACCUUUGAAAUCUACUUACUGUCAGAACGUGUUUUUCUGUUUGGUGCUGAAGCUGCAGAUUCUCAAAGAAAAUGGACCCAGGCGAUUGCCAAGCACUUUGUAUCCGACAUGGCCAGACCUCUGCUGGGCCGGGAUUAUGAUGUUAUUGGCCAGCUGUAUUACAAAGACUGUCAUGACCUCGACAACUGGAAAAAAGGCUGGUUUGCAAUAGAGAAGUCUAAUCUGCAUUUCUGUCUAGACCUGGAAGAUGCUCAAGAGGAUUUGAUACAUCUGAGGAGGCUCCAGGAGUUAACAAUCAGCAGCAUUAUUCAAAAUGGAGAAAAAAUAGAUGUUCUGCUUCUGGUGGAGAAAGGGAGAACGUUAUACAUCCACGGACACACAAAGUUGGAUUUCACAGUCUGGCGUGGCGCAAUUGAAAAAGCAGCAGGUACAGAUGGCAACGUGUUGGAAGAUCAGCAGCUCAGCAAAAACGACGUCCCCAUUAUAGUGAACAGCUGUAUUGCAUUUGUUACACAGUAUGGUUUGAGUAGUAAGCAUAUCUACUUGAACAGCGGGGAUCCCGCACACGUGAGCGACCUCCUAGAAUGCUUCAAAAAAGAUGCAAGGAGCGUGAAGCUGAGGGCCGGGACGAAUCGCCUGGAAGACGUCACGGAGACGCUGAAAUGUUUUCUGUUUGAAAUAGAUGACGCCCUCCUUACCAAACAGCUUUAUCCAUUCUGGAUCACUGCACUAGAUACAGUGGAUGACAAAGAGCGAGUGAGAAAAUACAGCACUUUUAUUCGAACACUUCCACCAGUCAAUAGGGCAACGCUGGCAGCUUUAAUGGAACACCUUUACAGGGUACAAAAGUGUUCCGAAAUCAAUCACAUGGAUCCUCACAAUCUCGCUAUGGCGUUUUCCUCGUGCCUGUUUCAGACUAAAGGGCAGACCAGUGAAGAAGUCAAUGUAAUUGAAGACCUUAUUAUAAACUAUGUGCAUCUCUUUGACGUACAUGAAGAGCAAGUGAAACAAAUGGAUAUCGAGAAUAGCUUCAUUACGAAGUGGAAUGAUACUCCAGUUUCACAGGCGGGAGACUUGCUAGUUGAGGUGUACGUGGAAAGAAAGGAACCAGACUGCAGUGUUAUAGUCAGGGUAUCGCCGAUGAUGGAGGCCGAAGAAUUGACCACUGACGUAUUAGAGAUCAAAAGCAUCACGCCCCACAGGGAUGACAGGUGGACUGCUUUUGAAGUGAUUGAAAAUGGAGAACUGGAACGCCUUCUGCAUUAUACGGAGAAUGUUUUGGAACAAAUCCUUCAUUGGAGCUCUUUGCCUGACCCCAGCAGUGCAUGUCUAAUAAUCAAGAAGUUUCCGUCAGCAGACACGGGAAGACUGCACAGUGAAAAGAAUGCAGAAGGCUGCGUUAAAGCCGGUUAUCUGAAAUACAAAGAAGAACCAUCCAAAUUACUUUCUGGAAAUAAGUUUCAAGAGCGCUACUUUGUUUUGCGGGAAGGAAAUCUUUUCCUUUACAAGGAUACAAAGAGCGUGAAGCCGGAGAAGGUGCUGCCAGUUAAAUCGCUGAAGCUUUAUCUUGGAGUGAAGAAGAAAAUGAAGCCACCAACAAAUUGGGGUCUCACGCUGUGUUCUGAAAAGCACCACUGGUAUUUAUGUUGUGAUGGACAGGAUUGUCAGCUGGAAUGGUUGAGCAGCCUUUUUAUUGCACAGCAUAGUAAUAUCUGGCCCCCUGAUGGGAAAAUAAGAAAGCGGUCGACGAGGAAUAAUCCCAGAAUUGGUGGCUUGUCCUUAAUACCUAUCCAGCACGAGAGGAGUCCUCCCGAAACUAAAGCCAGUGAUUUGGAGAAUUCAAAAGUGGAACCCGGAGGUGAGUUAGCAGAAGACAAGAAGGGUUUGAAACAAAAGGCGUCACUGGUCGCACAAUGCCUGGAGCGCAACGAGGACAAAGCUCGGAGCCGCGAGAGGAAAUACCGAAGCCUGAUCUUUUUAGAGGACGCAGGUGAAAACGUGGUGGACUGGCCCCAAAACCCCGCCAAGGAAUCUCCAUCUCCAAAGAGAAGCGAGAACAGAGCCAGUCAGAUGCCUCUGGAAUCUGCUAAGCAGUUUCCGGCAGAUGUUAUCCAAGAACUCAGCACCAUCCUGCAGAAGCACAAAUCCGUCCACAGAGAAACUUAGCCGCAGUCCUUCAGGCCUGGUUGUCCAAAGAAAUGAUAUAUAUAUAUAUUUGCCCAGUGUACAGUGUAAAGUCUGUCCAAUGUAUUUAUAUGUGAAUUUUCAUGGAAAACGGACGGUGGAUGCUGCCAACUGCUGGGCCCUCCAUGUGUUUACGUAAAUGUGGUGGCGAUGCUUGCAGGUUGCCCCCCUGCCACUUCUUGUUGAUGCUUGUCUGAUAGCCGAUUUCUUGAACCUGGGAAGAGUUCUGAAUACUAACCUGCUUGGGGUUGCCCACUUGACCGUCAACUAUGGUACAUGCUAGUAUUUCCGUGGUUAACCGUCACAGUCACAUUGGCCAUGAGAACUGUGGAAAAUGUUUAGGCUCUGGGAAGUCAGAAGAACACGUUGGCAGUGCAAGGAAGCCGGCCAAUCCAGAAAACUUAGGUGAAGGCUUAAUAUCUUUUGUUCAUGCACUGCUCGCGUCACAGCCAUCCAGGAUCACACCAAGCUCUGGGCAAGACCAUAGUCCAGCAUAGUGUAGACUUGAAACUAGAGCAUAUUUGACGGAGGCUCUUUACGUCACCAUCACAAUGGUAGUCUCCCGAGUCAUUGUAUGUAUGACAGGAUUAAAUCAAAAUGAUCUGGUCUAUGCCUGCGGCAGAAUGAGAUGGCAAAAGCUUGAGGUUGUAGAAUAAAUGGGAAACUACCAGGCCGGGG